AAUGGAAAAAAAAACUGGCCGCAGUGCGCAUGUGUCCGGAUGUGCUAAGCUCUCCGGGUAAAGAUGGCGGAGCGCGGGUACAGCUUUUCGCUGACUACAUUCAGCCCAUCUGGUAAACUUGUUCAGAUUGAAUAUGCUUUGGCUGCUGUAGCUGGAGGAGCCCCUUCAGUGGGAAUUAAAGCUGCAAAUGGUGUGGUAUUAGCAACUGAGAAGAAACAGAAAUCCAUUCUGUAUGAUGAGCGAAGUGUACACAAAGUGGAACCAAUUACCAAGCAUAUAGGUUUGGUAUACAGUGGCAUGGGCCCAGAUUACAGAGUGCUUGUGCACAGAGCUCGAAAACUCGCUCAGCAAUACUAUCUUGUUUACCAAGAACCCAUUCCCACGGCUCAGCUGGUGCAGAGAGUAGCUUCUGUGAUGCAGGAAUAUACCCAGUCAGGUGGUGUUCGUCCAUUUGGAGUUUCUUUACUUAUUUGUGGUUGGAAUGAGGGACGACCAUAUUUAUUUCAGUCAGAUCCAUCUGGAGCUUACUUUGCCUGGAAAGCCACAGCAAUGGGAAAGAACUAUGUGAAUGGGAAAACUUUCCUUGAGAAAAGAUAUAAUGAAGAUCUGGAACUUGAAGAUGCCAUUCAUACAGCCAUCUUAACCCUAAAGGAAAGCUUUGAAGGGCAAAUGACAGAGGAUAACAUAGAGGUUGGAAUCUGCAACGAAGCUGGAUUUAGGAGGCUUACUCCAACUGAAGUUAAGGAUUACUUGGCUGCCAUAGCAUAAUAAUGAAGUGACUGAACAAUCUGGAAUUUCAGAUAAUCUAUUUACUUAAACAUGUUUAAAGUAUGUUUUGUUUUGCAGACUUUUUGCAUACUUAUUUCUACAUGGUUUAAAUCGACUGAUGUUUUUAAAAUGACACUUAUAAAUCAUAAUAAACUGUUAAACCC